AUGAAAUCGGAGAACAAGGUGACUGUUGUGGCAGCCGUCGCUUACACAGUUGGCGAUAUUGUUGGAUCGGGUAUUUUCGUCUCCCCGUCGGUGAUUCUCUCGCAUUCCGGCUCGGUUGGGGUCUCGUUGCUGGUGUGGGGCUUUUCAGCGGUCAUUGCGAGUUUCGGUGCUCUUUGUUAUAUCGAGUUGGGGACAUCGAUUCGGCGAUCGGGUUGCGAUUUCGCUUAUUUGAGUCACGCUGGGUGGAAUCCCCUCGCCUCAGCUUUUCUUUUUGUCAGUUGUUCACUCACUUAUCCAUCGAUUUUGGCUGUUCAAACGAUCACUUUCGGCGAAUACAUUGUCAACGGUUUCCACAAGUUUAUCCACGUCUCGCCGAAUUGGGAACCGAUUCUAAAGCGUUUAAUCGGUUUCUCCGUGCUUUUGCCGUUGAUGGGAGUGAAUUUCCUCUCGUUGCGUCGUGUGGCGGCUCGUUUUCAAAUCGUGGCCACUGCCGCGAAAUUGUUGGUCAUUUGUGUCAUUGUCAUUACUGGUUUUUACCAUUUAAUUUUUAAAGGCGAAACGCAAAAUUUCGAUUCGAAAACGAUUUUUGACGGCACAACAAAAGAGUCGGGCGAUAUCGUUUUGGCUCUUUAUGCUGGCCUUUUUGCUUACAAUGGAUGGGAUAUCCUCAACUUUGGCACUGAAGAAAUCGAGAAUCCGAGAAGAACGCUUCCCUUAGCCGCUUUUCUCGGGAUUCUGAUUUCAGCGAUCACGUAUCUCUCAAUGAAUAUCGCUUAUUUCUCUGUGCUUACGAUUGACGAGUUUCGCAAUUCGGAAACAGUUGCUGUGACUUUCGCUGAGCGUACCCUCGGCUCUUUUCAUUACGCGGUGCCUUUCUUGAUCGGUGUCAUGCUACUCGGCAAUCUCAACUCUACGAUUUUUGGCUCAAGUCGAUAUCUUUUUGCGGGUGGUGUGGCGGCAGUGAUGCCAAAAGCGGUUGGUUGUGUGCACGAAGAGUCGGGCAGUCCUCGAGCCGCUAUUCUUGUCGAGGUAUUGAUCUGUGUCGGCGUUUCCUUCAUCGGCGAUCUCGACUCGCUCAUCUCGUAUAUGACAUUCGCAAUGUGGAUGCAACGGACGAUGACACAGAUUGCUUUCAUUUGGAUGCGAUAUUCCGGGAAAUUACCGCUUAAACCAACGGAAAACAUUUUCAGAAUCCCAUUGGCCGUCCCAUUCAUUUUCCUCUUUUUAUGUCUAAUGCUGUUGAUUGUGCCCGUUUGGCAGCACUUCAAAGUCGGCAUCUACGGUUGCUCGCUGGCGAUCGUCGGUCUCGUUACGUAUUUCCUUUUCAUUUACCCAUCAAAUCUGCCAGCUUUUCUUCACAAAAUCAAUGAUUCAACAUUAAAAUUCGCUCAAAUUUUGUUAAAUAUUCAACCAGAAAAAGACGUGGAAAAAGAGGAAAAACGAGAGGAAAACGAGCGCAAAAUCACCAAAAUCACCAAAAUCGAAAACGAAGAGAAAAUCACUAAAUUU